AUGAAGUCCUCAGUCUUCAUCCUCUCUCUGCUCCUCAUUCUGGAAAGACAGGACGCUGUGGUUGGGCAGUAUGGCGGCUUCACGAAAGGUGGCUUCACUAGUAGCUCAUCGGGAUUUAUGAAAGGUCAUGUCAGUUAUGGGCUCAAAGGAGGCAGUGAUGAUGUAGCUGAAGAAAGUGUUUUCAUGCAAACAAAACACCAAGUAUAUGGCCAGGAUGGUGAAAUGUCACAGUCGCGUCUUUCACAAGAACAUACAGGAGUAAAGGGGGCUGCACUUUGUCGCAAAGGACAAGUGUCCCAACUAAAAUCCCAAGAAUCCCAAGUGAAAUCCUAUGGACAAGUAAACUCCCAGGAAUCUCAACUGAAAUCAUCCUAUGGACAACUAAAAUCCCAAAACUCCCAAGUCAAAUCCUAUGGACAAGUGAAAUCCUACGGACAAGUGAAAUCCCAUGAAUCUCAACUGAAAUCAUCCUAUGGACAACUAAAGUCUCAAAAUUCCCAAGUGAAAUCUUAUGGCCAACUAAAAUCCCAAGAUUCCCAACUAAAAUCCUAUGGUCAACGAAAAUCCUAUGGUGAAGAAUCCCAACUGAAAUCCUACGGUCAACUAAAAUCCCAAGAAGGCCAACUAAAAUCCUAUAGCCAAGUAAAAUCUCAAGAUACCCAACUAAAAUCCUAUAGCCAAGUAAAAUCUCAAGAUGCCCAACUAAAAUCCUAUGGUCAAGCAAAAUCCCAAGAUGCCCAACUAAAAUCCUAUGGUCAAGCAAAAUCCCAAGAUGCCCAACUAAAAUCUUAUGGCCAAGUAAAAUCCCAAGACACCCAACUAAAAUCUUUUGGCCAACAAAAAUCCCUAAAAGGUUUUUCUCAACAAACUAAGCAUAAAGGAUUUGCUAUGAAUGAGGAGCUAUCACAAGUACGUAAGCAAUAUAAUGAUGAUGAGAGUUCUGUGCAACAAAAGUCUAGCCAGGUAAAAACAGAGGAAGAUUUAGCCCAAUUUGGACAACAACGCCAGUUUGGACAAGAACGCUCACAAUCCUAUAAAGGAUAUCUUGAACAGUACAAAAAGAAAUCACAAGACCACUAUCAACAAAGAAGAAAUUUUAAUCAAGAUAUCUAUUUUACAAAGGGAGGGGCAGACCUAUAUCAAACUCAACUCAAGGGAUAA